GCGCCAGGUUGAGGAGCUGCAGCACUCUCAGGCCUUGUGCCAAGACGUGAGCAGCAUGAAGCAGGACCUGCAGGGGUUCCAGCAGCAGGAGGAAUUGGACUUCAAGACGGUGGUGAGCGAAAUCGCGAGGGUGCAGCAGGCCUUACACCUGGAUUUCGUGAAGGUGCUGCAGGAGGACCUGGGCCGCAAGCUGCCACGAGCGGGGUCGCGGCUCACGCAGGCCAAGAAGACCUCCUCUUGCGAGGACGCGCAAGUGGGCAGUGCAUUGGGCUCCUUGCUGAAAGCACCAGGCAGCCCCAGCAGCAGCCGCAGCAAGUCGCCCUCGCCCUUCCAGGACCUAAAGCGCUUCCGUGACUGGUUCGCGCAGACCGACCCUCUGCCCCGGAAGGAGGCUCACUGCCAAACGGAGUCCUCCCUGUACCUCGACUCCUUCGCGCCCAAGGACCAGAGGAAGCGGGAGAGCCGGCAUUCCAACAAGCCCAUGUUGGAAGAGACAGCCUCCCGGCAGUUCGGAGGCGGCGAGGAGCAGUUCCGGGAGAAGGCGCGGGCGGCGGCCAUGAAGCCGCCAUACUCCGUGUACGACUACUACCACGAGACGGGCUGCUGCCAGGCCAUCGCGAAGCAUCCCCACUUCGAGACUGUGACGCUGGCCCUCGUCUUCCUCAACGCCUGCUGGAUGGCAGUGGACAUCGACCUGAAUCCGGCGGUGCUUCUCAUCGACUCCCAUCUCACCUUCGUGAUCGUGGAGAACGUCUUUUGCGGCUACUUUUUCCUGGAGCUUCUGAUUCGCUUCGGCGCCUUCGAGCGAAAGUGCGAUGCCUUCAGGGACUUGUGGUUCAUCUCCGACCUCUUUUUGUCAUUCCUUUACGUGCUCGACACCUGGGUUGUCACCAUCCUGGUGGUGGUUGGAGGUGUGCGCCUGAACGCCGGCACGUCCAGCAUGACGAUUUUGCGCAUGCUGCGGAUGGUGCGGCUCUGCCGCCUCACCAGGCUGGCCAAGUUGCUGCGGGCGGUGCCGGAACUGGUCAUCAUUAUGAAGGGCAUUGGCUUCGCUGCACGCUCAGUGGCCGUCUUCUUCAUCUUCUGGACCUUGAUCACCUACGCCUUCUCCAUUGCCAUCCGCCAGCUCACCGACAAAACCGAGGUGGGCAACACCUACUUCGCCACGGUGCCAGAGACAAUGAAUAUUCUGCUGCUGCAAGGCCUGUUUCCAGAGAGCAUUCAACUGCUUGACGCCAUCUCCGACGGAUCCACUUGGUAUUUGUGGCCGCUGACCGUCUUCUUCCUGGCGCUGGUGUCUCUGACAGUCAUGUACAUGCUGGUGGGCGUGCUGGUGGAAGUCGUCCAGGUGGUGUCCUCAGUGGAGAGGGAGAGCCUUUCAGUGACCUUUAUGGCCAGUGAGAUGAGGUACGAGCUGAAGAAGUUGGGCUUUCAACCCGAUGGCCCGAUCAGCAAGUCCGACUUCCAACGCGCAGUGGUGGAGCCUCCGAUCGCUCGCAUCGUGCACGCAGUGGGAGUGGACGUGGUAAUGCUUUGCGACAUGUUGGACCUCCUUUUCGAGGAAGUCGAGAAGGAAGGCAUGCUGGGCAUGCCCUUCGCCAUGCUCAUUGAGAACAUUCUGAGCAUGCGUGGCUCCAAUCCGGCCAGGGUCAAGGAUUGCGUGGAGCAGAUCAAGAUGUUCAAGCUAAUUCUGCACGAGCGGAAUGAGAGUCUGAUGAAGAAGCUGAAGAGAGAGUUUGACACGCUCAAGCUGGACAUGACCGACAUGAAGGACGACCUCAAAGACCUUCGGGAAGCCGAGGUCCGCGAGAAGCAGAUGAAGCUGAUGCGCCCCCCCGAGGACUCCGACUGAGGCGUUGGACGAGCAGAUGCGGCGAGUGAGAGAGACGAAGCUUAAAGCGCUCGCUCAUGGGCGCCACAAGAGGCGUCCGUGGUCUUUGUAAGGCCUACCUGGAGUCUCCAUGACCC